AUGCCACCACAAGCCGCGAAACACUCAAUGCGUACGGCAAACGACGUGAUUCACCGCAUCUUGUGGGACGACUGCAUUCCACAAGCCGAAGUUAUCGUCGGGUACCUCGAUCGGUUUGUCGGUACGGUCGAGCGCGACUUCGCCAAGUUUAAUUGGGGGGACAUUGCAACCUUGUCACAGAACGAGACCGCGAUCCCGCAGCACCGGAUCCAGUACUUCAAAUGGCGCGAUGAGGUCAUUUGGGACAAGCGCGUGCGCCUCGACCGCGUCUUUGGCUCGUCCGGCCACGACGUGGUUACGUUUUCGCCGGCAACAGCCGCCUCAUCACCGUCGUCUGCCGUCGCGCCGGUCAAUGCAGCAGCAUCACAUAUCAGCACGGACUGCGCAAACACGUUGGUGUGCUUUCGCAUCAUGGACCCCGCGGUUGUCGACGCAUGCAAGCAACUACAAGCCGCAAUCAUCGCCGCCAACCCGCGACUGGCACCAGCAGCGCUCGCACCGGCGCGCUUCCACUGUACGCUUCUACGACUACGCCUCCAAUCCCUCAACAUUGUGCAGCGACUCACGUCUGACUUGGUCAACGAAGUUGCCAUCGUCAAGCGCGUUUUGGUCGAGUGUCAAGGGCUGCUGCAUACUCUGUGCACUUCGAGUGUCAAAUUUGAGGGCGUCAGUGCUUUUCGCAACCGCGUCAUCUACGCCAAGGCGGCGCCGCACGACGGACUGCUGACGCUCGUGGCGACGCUGAAAGCGCGGUUAUUAUCCGCUGGCAUCGCGCUCGUUGGCAACUACGACCCGUACGAGCCACAUAUACAGCUUUUCAAACUCACCACGGAUCACCGCCGGCUUGGCACCAAGAUCAACGCCCCAUGCAUUUUUGCGCUCUCGACGACACCAGACAUAUCGCACCUGAUGGGUUUUACCCGCAGCUAG